CCGCGGGGGCGGGGCUAACUCGGCCGUUUUAUCCUCACUCUCUCGCCAAGCAGAAGGAGAAUCCCAAAAAAUGACAUCCAGCAGCAGCUUUCCAAUCCAGAGCAAAACCGCGGCGUUUAGAGAAGUUUCCCUCCUCACAUUACCACGGAUUACAGCUCGUUCUUCAGAGAUGUAGUCAGAAGACGUCAGAAAUGUGUAUUUGACACGGAAGGACAGUGUUUCCACACAGCCGUUAAUAUUUACGCGUCUCUGAUCGCGCCUCAGCUUCAUUUCAGACAUGUGUGAUUUAAUGCCAGCGGCUCAACCGCCCGAAAAAAUCGGCAAAAUGAAGAAAUUAAGAAGAACGUUGUCGGAGAGCUUCAGUCGUAUCGCCUUGAAGAAAGAAGACAGCGGCUUCGAUGAGAUAUGUGUCACCAAGAUGUCCACUCGCAGCGGUCAGGGAUCAGACUCGCUCAUCAAGCCCCUGGACACUAUCCCUGAGGACCGCAAGGUGCAGCGGACGCAGAGCAGCUUCGACCCCUUCGAGAAGCCGGCCGGUCAGGUGAAGCGUGUGCACUCGGAGAACAACGCCUGCAUCAACGCCAAGAGCUCGUCCUCUGGGAAAGAGUCUCCCAAACUCCGGCGUCACUCCAGCCCCAGCUCCCCCACGAGCCCAAAGUUUGGGAAAGCAGAUUCGUACGAGAAGCUGGAGAAGCUCGGAGAGGGAUCCUAUGCCACAGUCUACAAAGGGAAGAGCAAGGUGAACGGGAAGCUGGUUGCGUUGAAAGUGAUUCGUCUGCAGGAGGAAGAGGGAACGCCGUUCACAGCGAUUAGAGAAGCGUCUCUGCUGAAAGGCCUGAAACACACCAACAUCGUGCUGCUCCACGACAUCAUUCACACCAAGGAAACCCUGACGCUGGUCUUCGAGUAUGUGCACACAGAUCUGUGUCAGUACAUGGACAAACACCCCGGUGGCCUCCAUCCAGACAACAUCAGGCUCUUCCUGUUCCAGUUACUGAGGGGUUUGUCUUACAUCCAUCAGCGCUACAUCCUUCACCGAGAUCUGAAGCCACAGAACCUGCUCAUCAGCGACAGCGGAGAACUCAAACUGGCCGACUUCGGUCUGGCCCGAGCGAAGUCGGUCCCCAGUCACACGUACUCUAACGAGGUGGUGACGCUCUGGUAUCGUCCUCCAGACGUGCUCCUGGGAUCCACAGAUUACUCCACCUGUCUGGACAUGUGGGGCGUGGGAUGCAUCUUCGUGGAAAUGAUCCAGGGAGUGGCGGCGUUCCCGGGCAUGAAGGACAUUCAGGAUCAGCUGGAGAGGAUAUUCCUGGUUUUGGGGACGCCAUCGGAGGAGACGUGGCCAGGUGUUCACUCUCUCCCACACUUCAGAGCAGAUCGAUUCACUGUCUACAGUCCCAAGAAACUCAGACAAGCCUGGAAUAAGCUGGGUUAUGUCGAUCAUGCUGAAGAACUGGCUUCCAGAUUUCUCCAGUGCUUCCCAAAGAAGCGUCUCUCGGCUCAGGCGGCGCUUCAUCACGAGUUCUUCAUCCAUCUGCCCCCGAGACUCUGGGAGCUGCCUGACAUGUCUUCGAUCUUCAGCGCUCCCAGCGUUAGGUUACAGCCGGAGUCUGGCGUCAGCGUCCAGGUGUGCGGUCAGAGCAGAUCCACGUCUGACAGCAAACACUGACCGGAGCAGACAGGUUGGCACUGUCAGCCUUCAAGAUGGAAAAAGGACAAAAGAGGAGAACGACACGGGAAAGGCUCUUCAUGUUUAAUACAAUUAUUUCAUUUCUGGCUGGCUGGUUUGACCUUCCAUGUGGGACUGAGAACAAUUCAGUCAAAUCUCAGUUUUACCAUCAGGAAUGUCGUGUAACAUUCCCACAUCGAUGGCAUGCGAACGACAUCCGGACUUCAAAAGGCAAAUAAUACGAACUGUUUGUGUAUGCUUCUACCUAUAUACGAAUGUUUGUACAGUUAAAUAUGUGUCUAUCUGAGAGAACAAACCAAAUGCCCUCCCACGCACAAUCACGCAUUAUUAAGACCAAGCUAGCAUUUCGCAUUUCCUGCAAUCUUCCACAUUGUUGGCUAUGGUAUGUUCCAGCUGUGCUCCCAAUAACAAUGACAAUAAUUACUAAGGAUGCACCGAUGUAUCGGCCGAUCAACCGAUUAUUUAAAAAUCAACAGGUGGCAGAAAAGCUUGUCAGACAGCAACUUGUCUUGUGUUGAAUAUAGUGCUGUCAACGUUAAAGCAAUAAUAACGCAUUAACGCAGUGCUGUUGAAUCAGCAGUCCUAUAAAUCACCUAUAGUUCAAGCCAGGGUUGACAGAUCCAGUUUCCAUUUCGCAGAACAUUAUUUAUAUUGUGCCUCUAUCCAUUAAUCACAACGAUCUUUGUGCUUUGUUGCUUCUGAUAAAAAAAACAUUCAGCUUUCAAAUCGUGUAUACUUUAUUACUAAAUUCAAACAAUAAAUGCAGUUUUGACGUUCUAAAAUGUGGUGUGACGUAUUGCUGUAGUGCUUCAGUUUAAGGGGCAGCGACGAGUCUUUUCAAACUACAUUAAAAAUGAAUGAACAUCUGAAGGUGUUGAAGGAUACAAUACAACCUAUCAAAAUGUAUCAUGUCUCAUGUAAUCACUCAAUCAGCGUUUUAAACCGAAGAAAAAAAAAAACAUCAAAUAAAAUGUUUGGAAAAGUUUAUGAAUGAUGUCACUUAACAUUGCACUAAACUUAACAACACUAGAGCGAGCUUAUUUACUGUUAAUUAUAUGUUUGAAUAAAUCUUUUUUUUAUGAAAAUGAUCUUGUGUUUAUACAAACGUUUUUAAUUUGAGUGUGAUGAUUAUACCUGAAAAUAAAUGCCAUUGAAUAUAGUUUUGUUGUUAAUUUGAAGCUCUUAUAUGAAAUACCAAAUUAAAGGCUUCCUGUAUAGUUCAUAGCAUUAUUUGGUCAGUAUUGGCAUAUAUUCUGAAUAAUUGGCUAUCAGUUUCAGCAGAUAUCAUUCUGAAUAAAGAGUAUAGACAUAUAUCAUUCCAAAUAAUCGGUAUAGGCAGAUAUAAUUCCUGAUAAUCGUAUCGGUAUCGGCAGAUAUUCUAAAUAAUCGGUUAUCGGUAUCUGCAGAUGUCAUUCCGAAUAAACGGCUAUUGGUAUUGAUAUUGGCAGAUAUCAUUCCGAAUAAUCAUAACAGCAUUAGCAGAUAUCAUUCUUAAUAAUCGGUUGUUGGUAUUGGCAGAUAUCAUUCUGAAUAAUUGGUUAUGGGUAUACACAGAAAUGAUUCCGAAUAGUCAGUUAUCGUUAUUGGUAUCAGCAGAUAUCAUUCUGAAUAAUCGGCUACUAGUAUCUGCAGUUAUCUUUCUGAAUAGUCAUUAUCAAUAUCGGCAGAUAUUCUGAAUAAUCGGCAAUUGUAUCAGCUAAGAAAUUUAGUAUCGGUGCAUCCCUAGUAAUAACGAUAAUCACACUGACGAUGCAGUUGCAGACUGAUGGUGCACAUUCACUCACUGCAGGGACUGCGCUAAAGCAAUGAACAUCAUCACUAACGGCAGAUCACUGCGAGUCUCGUGUACUUCUUUGUGCGUUUACAUGUGCAUUGAGUGUUAAAUACAGGCAAUACGCUUUCACUGGUGCUACUGUGCAUGAGAAAUAUAUUAACUCAUCCACAUUUGGAAAUUAAUCUGUUUACACUGUUCCAUCCGAAGGCCCAUGACAAUCUUAGAAUGAAUUGCACUCACUAACUGAUCAUUAAAAUGAGCCAAACUUUACUUUGAACUGUUAGAGGAUGUUCACACAUAACGUGCUGUUUUUUUUUUUUUUUUUUUACUUUUUUUUCAUUUAUUUAAAUUGUCUGUCUGUGCUAGAUGGACAUCUCU